GACGAGAAGCGUUCGCCAGUCGGGACGCGAUGUUUUUCUGAGGUUGCGCCAUAACCUUGUCGACCGCUCGCGCGUAGACUAAUUACCGCAACACGACGAUCACCCGGCACUCCGCACGGCACCGAUAUCACUGCCAGUGGCACGCGAGGCGACGAAAGAGUAACGCGGUAUGUGCGUAGCUAUAAUCAACUCUUUUGGCAACCGUGAAAUGCCGCGAAAUCGGCCUGAUGAACGACACGACGGACGACGACGAGCUCCAGUCGCUCCAGAGCAACGGAAAUUUUUUGAAGGCGCAAAUAACUUUAUACGCCACCUGUCGCAGGCUACCCCUUUCAUCGAUAAUCGAUUACGAUUAUCUGUUACGAUUAUCGAUUGUUCUAAGACGCGAGCGUACGCGAUAGAUUUUAGGAGUGUGCACACGACGCGACGAAACAAUGACGGCGGAAUGUGCGGUGCGUAGUCACACUUUCGGAAGAUCACGCAGAUAUUUUCGACAACUAUCAAUAUCACAACGACCCUUACAGGCUAAGGCGAGAGGCGUCUGCCCGUUGGUACGCGAUGUUUUUCUGUGGAUGCGUCAUAACCUUACCGACCGCUCGCGAGUAAACACCAUAACGCGACGAUCACCCGGCAGACCCGGCACUUCGCGCGACACCGCGAUAUCACUAGCACGCUACGCGACGAAAGAAUGAUACGAAAUAUGCAGAUUGUGCGUAGCCACAACUCUUUCGGUUCUACUCGCAGUCUCGCAAAGUCGAGAAGCGUCCGCCCGUCGGAACGCGAUGUUCUGAGGUUGCGCCAUAACCUUACCCUUACCGCGUAGACUAAUUACCGCAACGCGACGUUCACCCGGCACUUCGCACUACACCGCAGUAUCACUGGCACGCGACGCAACGAAACAAUAACGCGGAAUGUGCGGAUUGUACGCAGCCGCAACUUUUUCAGCAACCGCGAAAUCAGCUUGAACGACACGACGACCGUCGGGCUCCGGAGCGACGGAAACUUUUCGGAGAUCACGCAGAUAAUUACACAGUUACACAUGCCACCUAUCACCGGGCGCACGACCACCGAUAUCACUGGCAGUGGCGACGAAAGAAUAACACGGUAUGUGCGUAUUGUGCGUAGCCGCUCCUCCCCAGCCGCGAAAUCAGCCUGAACGACGCGAUGCGACGGAUGACGAACGACGAGCUCUAACAGAACAAUGGAAACUUUUUGGAGGAACAAGCAGAUAAUUUUAUGCGCCACCUAUCGCGGAACACUUGUACAUAAAAAUGACUGCGUCUUAGGACGAUCGACAAUCGUAAUCGAUAAUCGAUUAUUGAUGGUAGGGUUAUUCCGCGACAGGUGGCGCAUAAAAUUAUGUGCGCGUCCCUCCAAAAAGUUUUCGUUGCUCUGCAGCUCGUCGUUCAUCUUCCGUCCGUCGCAUUGUUCAGACCGAUUUCGUGGUGUACUUCGCGGCUGCCAAGAGUGCAAGAGUUAUGGCUACGCACAUAUCGCAUUAUUCUUUCGUCGCCUCGCGUGCCAGUGAUAUCGGUGUCGUACGGAGUGCCCGGUGAUCGUCGCGUUGCGGCAGUUACGCGCGAACAGUCGGCAAGGUUAUGGCGCAACCUCAGAAGGAUAUUGCAUUCCGACGGACAGACGGCUCUCGACUUUGCGAGAUUGCGAGUUCUGAAAGAGUUGUGGUUACGCACAAUCCGCACAUUCCGCGUUAUUGUUUCGUCGCGUCGCGUGCCAGUAAUAUCGGUGUCGUGCGAAGUGCCGGGUGCGGUAAUUAGUUUACGCGCGAGCAGUCGGUAAGGUUAUGGCGCAACCUCAGGACAUCACCGUUCCAACGGGUGGACGCCUCUCGUCUUAGCUCGUAAGGGUCCUUGCGAUAGUUGGAACGUAAGUUACUUAUUUGCGCGAUCUUCGGAAAGUUUUCAUCGUCUGUCGACCGUCGCAUCGUUCAGACCGAUUUUGCGGCUGCGAAAGAGUCGUGGUUACGCACAAUUCGCACAUUCCACCGUUAUUGUUUCGUCGCGUCGCAUGUCAGUGAUAUCGGUAUCGUGCGGAGGUCCGAGUCAUCGUCGCGUUGCGGUAAUUAGUGUACGUAACCUUAUUCUCGCGAGUGACCAGUGUUUUGAGUGCCAUGGAUGUGCAACGGUGGUGGGACGAGAAGAAAGGAGAGGAGGAGGUGGCCAGGUUGGCAUCAGGCGACGGCGAAGAAACUCAUUGAUGAGCGGAAAACGGACCAGAAGUUUUAAGUGCGCCGUGCACCAUCGGGACCGUGAGGUCUGUUCCGAGAACGAUUUUCACCUGCUCGUGCAUGAACCACCUCUGUUUCGCAGGAUGGUCCGCAUGAUCGGCGAUGAAUUCCUCACGGAGGAGCGGGACCGAAAGUACUACGCCGAUCACUACACAUGCUGCCCACCACCUCUCUUCAUCAUCCUCAUCACCCUCGUGGAGCUUGGUUUCUUCACGUACUACACAGUGGCGAUGGGUGAGGUGAAUCCCUCCGGGCCGGUGCCGAUCGACAGUGUCUUCAUUUACAGACCGGACAAGCGGCUAGAGCUCUGGAGGUUCGCCUUCUACAUGUUCCUGCACGCUGGAUGGCUUCACCUGCUGUUUAACCUGGGGGUACAGGUGGUCGUGGGACUUCCCUUGGAAAUGGUUCACGGAAGCCUGAGGAUCGCCGCGGUUUACAUGGCCGGGGUUCUUGCCGGUUCGUUGGGCACGUCGGUAUUCGACACGGAUGUGUACCUCGUCGGGGCGAGCGGGGGCGUUUACGCUCUUUUGGCGGCGCAUCUAGCCAACGUUCUCCUCAACUAUAACAAUAUGGAGUUUGGGAUAGUUCGGCUCAUCGGCAUCUUCGUCAUCGCUAGCGCCGACGUGGGCUUCGCGAUCUACGACAGGUAUGCCGCGGAGCAGAUGGGCCCGCCGGUGUCGUACGUCGCCCAUCUGACGGGCGCCCUGGCGGGCCUAACGAUCGGCCUCUUGGUACUGAAGAACUUCGAGCAGCGGCUGCACGAGCAGUUACUCUGGUGGGUUGCCUUGGGCGUCUACGCCGCCUGCACGAUCUUCGCGAUCAUGUACAAUCUGAUGCACCCCGACUAUCCAUGACGCGAGGUCAGCUUCGCGUACGGCCAGCCGAGGCACACGUAACGCGAAGCUGAUCGUCCUUGGAAGAAAAAGAAGAAGAAGAAACGAAGGAAAGGACGGGAGAGACCGUCGUCGUCGUUGAGCAAUGUCGAAGGAGAUUUUCAAGUAUCGCGGACUCUCGAUAGCACGCUCGACCGUGAACUAAAUCGUUCCCAAAGCACCAAAAGCGAAGGAUACGUAUGGGACGAGAGUUACGCGACGGGGUCGUCGGCAGUCGUUUUCCUCGAAGAACGUGACUUCGAUCACCUUCCGCGCGAAAAGGAUCACAUAAUAGUUUCAUAGUAUAUAUAUUUUUUCUUCCAAGCCGGCCUGUUCGCGCGUGACAGUCGAGAGAAACGACGGAGAGCGCUUGUCGAAAGAAGCGAGAAACGAGCGAAGAAAUAUAAUCUAUUAUUGAUUAGAAAUUCUAGUGAGCGAGAAAAUUUCAAAUGGAAGCGGUAGUGAUCGGCAAAAGCAAACGCGGUGUACUUCCGGAAAAAAGAAAGAAACGCGUAAAAAGAAGAAAAUUGAGCGAGUGUCCUCGUUACGUUUCAUUUUUCCCGCUCGAUAAAGCAGUGAUCCGCGUCCGCUCCGCAAUCCCGCGAAAGCUUCUUCUUCAACGCAACGUCAGGACUACUUCAUCACGGAGGAAUGCGGGCGAUUUUGUGAGCGGCGUAAUCAUAAAAAAAAAAGGGAGCAACUGUUAGGCUCAUGUUCUCCUGCCAUCAGCGGGACGAGGAAACGUCAUUGUUGCAUCCUGGGCCACGAUAAAAUGUCUUCGCGUGUCGUUCUAGAGAACGACGGAGCACAGCGCACGGAAAAGUUACGGAUAAUAUUCUUCUGCGUCGGUCUCCGGGAAAGAGGGAGUCGCGUGAUCGCGAGACUAGUCGUUCAAUCCCGUGUAGUCGCGCACUCUUCCGCAUUCUGAAGAAAAACCAAAGAAUCGAGUUGGAUUAUACAACGAGGUCGGCCGGGCUACCUGGAAAAGGCGAAAUCCUUCAGGACGGAGGCAUUUUUAUCCAAGCCUGAACGAGAGAAAUUCUCAUGGCGUUUGUUUAUUUCCGCAGUAAUACUGGCCGCAGUCGUCCUCGGAAAAACCAAAGAAUCAUACUCGACUAUGUGGACAACACUCGCUGUCCUUUGUCGCGUUGCUGAAGAAAUUUCUUUGCUCGGUGACGAGAAGAAGAAAAAAAAGGAGAUGAUGAUAGAAAGAGUAAGAAAUUGGACAACAGCGAGGUAAAGCAACAGAGGAGGUAAAGAGGAAACAGGAGGACUUAAUGGAUCCUUCGCGGUCGAUGAAACAUCGUACAAAUGACCGCGACGAAGAGGUACGAAGAUGAUGAAACAAAAACUGCGGUCGAGAAAAUUGGUAACCAUCGACGUUCCUCUCGAAAUCCUCUCGAAACAUUCGACUCGCGAGACGAAUUCGUGGACGUGCACGGAAACGUAGAAGAGCAGAAUGCGUCGAGUUUCAUGAUGAAGAGCUCGUGCCGGUGGGAGAUUUUUUUUCGAUCGAGAUGAAUGAUCAUAGCCGCGAAGAAAUGUUACAGAGGAGAGACAAAUUACUAAUUGAUCACUAAUUUGAUAACGUGAGGAAUACUGCUAACUGAAUCGCGCAAAUAAUUGUGAAGUAUUCAUGGAAAACGACGUGAGUAUCAUUUAUUAAACUUAUAUAUAAUGAUCUUUUUUUUUUACAUCAUUAUAUUUGAUAGAAGAUCUAUUUUGUAGUGGCGCUUGGAGUUGUCACGAAGCUAUGAAUCAAUUAGAAUUUAUUUCGUAUUUCUCAAACUUUUGUAAUCUCAUAAUUAGACGUUACUAUUGUUUUCUACAGAUGCUUCACAAAUAUGCACAAUUGUCGAGUUUACGUAUUAUUCUUUAUAAUAUGUGUGAAUUCGCGAAGAAUCUUUCAACUAAUACGAAGAUUCGCUGCUAUUCGGACAUUUAUUAUCGCGCAUAGCUAGGUCGAUCACCAUAGGAAUACAAAUUCAUCGAGUCAUGAAAAAAAAAAAAAAUUCAUUCAAACCGCCGUUGCAUUUUUCCCCACGUCAUUACGUUACAAAGUCUCCAGUGACUGACGCGAUGAAUCUCGCGUGCGCCCAGAAAAAAAAGACGAUUUUAUUUCCGUGCUUGUGAAAAUUAAAAUCGCCCUCGAACGCAGUGCGCCUCGGAACGCGCAUUGUAUUAUUGUAAAGAAAUAAAUACUAUUUAAUAUUGCAGAAAGAUAAUAUUUCGAGAUAAGCAUUGGACUAUCAAAUGUGUACAUAAAUCAAGCAUCGCCUACGCUUCGUUUCGAUGCGCACUGCUGUUCGCGCGGUCAUGAUUUUCGCGAGAGCUCUCGCGAGCUUUCCGCAUGAUGGAUGUAAUGGUGCGCAAUGUAACGGCGAUCUAUGACAAAACAUACACCCGGCCGAUCUGUCGGUCGGUUUUCAGUCGCUAGUCCGCGCUUUCGAUAGCGACCGCUCGUUAACGUCCUCGCAAAAUCCCCCUGACGGCGCAUCUGCCUGCGUGCGCGAUCAUUAACGCGCAUUAAUUGUACACCACUGUAAAUACCUGUAUAUAUAUAUAAGUAUAGAGACUGUGUGUGUUUGCGCGUGUGUGGGAACGUUUUGAGUAAAGGAGGAGAGGCGCGAGACAGAGCGAAGAAGAAAACCUUAGAAGAAACAGCGGAGAAGAGAGUUCGAAUCGGGUCACAGUCUAGUCGUUUCGCGUCGUUGUCGUAAGUAUAUACAUAUAUAAAUAUACAUAUUGUAUUUAAAUUGGAGAGCGAGACAGAGAGAAAGAGAGAGAGAGAGAGAGAGAGAGAGAGAGAGAGAGAGAGAGAGAUAGAAAAAGAGCCGCACAUUCAUUACGGGAGAGCACACGCUUAGUGUACAUAGUCACACGCGAGACAUAUGUUCCUCACCUCUAAUUUAUCAUCGUGUCAUCGUCUCAUCGUGUCUUCGGAAUCAGAUCGUGCGAUUGCCGUGACGUGCGACCUAAACGAUAACUGAGCCGACGAUGGCCCAUAUUCCCGAUAUGUUUAGCGAUCAUUCGCAGCUAGCUCGAUGAGCUGUCUAGACGGGUAUUUUUCACCGCGCAUUUAGUCGUAAAUGUAUUAUUGAUUUUUAUCGAGAAAAGAUAUUUAUUUCGACCUAUAUCUUCGCUGUAUCAAACAAUCACAAGUUAAAGUUGAUCAGCUAUAAAUCAUUUUCAUAAUCACGCAUCGAGUCCUUUUGAACAGUACAAUCAUAUGAAUUAAUAAAAAAUACAUUUUUUAUUUCUUAUCAUAUUAAAAAAAAAACAGAAAUUUAUUUUGUUUAUAGAGCCAUAAGAAAGUGAUGUAUCGAAGUAACUGAGGUUACAGAGGAGCUUGUCUUUGUUCCCCCUCAGAAUAUGGAAAGUUUAACUUUAGCUGACGGCUCAUUUAACGUGAAUGCGCGGUGACUGAUAAAGUCCAAAAUCGGAAGCUAAACGCGGCGCUGAACAAAGUUCGAAUACUGCGAGCCAAAGUCAGUACAGUAGUUUGGAUAGUGUCGCGGUAUGUGUCUCUCUACUAUUUAGGUGUAUAGGUUGUUCGUUUGUCGACUUAGCCCGACGCACUGCCUAUUUUGUAAUACGACUUAGCGCCAUGCGCGCGCCUUUCAUUUUCCUCAAGUCCGCCGUUCAAUACACGAUUCGCGUGUUAUGUAAGUUCCGUUAAAUGUAAAUGGGCCACAUUUUUCUUGCACCUCUCGCGAAAUACCGGAAGGAGAAAGAAACUCGUUUGAUUUCGCGUAUGUAUGUGUUCUUGGGUAACAAUUAAUUAGCGAUUAUGCGAUCAUAUUCCUAGCGACGGCGCGCAAAUCUAUAUCUCGCGGAAUCCUACAUUUAUUUUUCGUGAAAAGGGAACCAGCUGUGUGUUGUUCGCGAAUCCCACACGUGUACGAAGCCAGUUUUUUCCGAUAGUUUUUGGGACUUUUCCCCGGCUCUGGGAAACCCCACGCGAGUGCCACGGGAUGAAAUAUAUGAAAUCGUCAAUUAGUCGACGACUGAAAAUUAUUUUCUCAUAUUUACGCGAAUUAGAGUAGCGCACUUAAGAUUCAGGAGAAAAAAAACUUGAAAUUUUGCCCGAUAAGUUCCUUCUUGUUUCGACGGGAAUCAAGCUAAUGUAUUAUUAUUUACGUUGCACCAAGGUGUAAUUGCGCUAAUAUACGAUACCAAAUAAUAUGUAAGAUUAGUACGAAAUAAUAUAUUAUAUUAUUUUUAUUAAUAUUAUUAAUACCACAUUGCUAUCGCAUCUUUCGUGGCACCAAGAAAGCAAGUAAUUUUUUAGUUUAGCUGGCGUGUGGCAUGGCCUCAAUGACGUAAGGUGAAGAAGUUAGUUUUCGGAGAGAAACAGAAAGAGCGCCGAGAGGACGCGAAUCGAGCGCGAGCGAGAGAUCAAACGAGAGUAAUUAACGAUGCUAGUCAAUUAGUACCCACGAUGGCAGCUAACGCCAGAACCUAUCUUAAGGUACGACGGCUAUGUAACUCGCUUUAAGGCGUUGAAAGAAGGUCGAGAUACCGAUGACGCUAGAGAAGAAGGGUGACGCAAAGAAGAGAGGGAAAAGUAGGAAGAGGUCGAGAGGCCUAAGGAGGUUUAAGGAUUUGAGAACACUGAGAGAGCGAGAAGAGGACGCUGAAGAGCGCCCAAAAGGUGGUUGCUCAAAGAGUCGAGUAGACGAAGAAGAGCUUCGACGGUUCGCUGGGGCUGUGUCAGACGACAAGUAUGCACUUGGCGGAAGAAUGCAAAAGGGGAGCAAAAGUGCCGUUUCUAACAGCGGACGCUCGUAUCACGCACGUGCACGACUGUAGAUGCGAUUAUUAUCGGAAGUAUCGCACGUACGGGCCUAAUGUUUUUAAUCACCAGUAGAAAGAUAUAACACUGAAAGGAGUUUGGUAAUAGCUAUUAAAUGUCGACUUAAAUAUUUAUGCCAAUUGAAUAUUUGAUUAAUAUAACCAAAAUUAAUUUUUUGAAUACUUUUCUGAAUAUUUAGCAAAUAUAUUUAGUAAUAUUUACAAAAUAUUUAUAAAAGUAAAAAUAUUUUUUUAUUAUAUUACUCAAAUAUUUAAAUAUUCAACAUUCUGUAGCUAUUACCAAACUUUUUUUUCAAUGCAUAAUUUGAUUACGAAUGACAUAGUAUAUAUAAUAACUAAUAAAAAAAGGCUCAAAUGAAUAAUUUAGAAUUGCAUUAAUAUGGAGGGAAAUAACUGAUUUAUUUAAGUUACUGAAUAAAUCAAGUGAAGCGAAUUAAGAACCUUCUGUGGGCAUAUUUAUUAUUAGGUAAUAAAUAUUGCUUCUAUUGUUACAUAAAUAAAUAUAAAUUAUUAAAUGCAGAGCAAAAUUAUCGAGUUUGCGCCGAUAAAUCGAACGUGAUUUUCGUCAUGUAUAUGCAGCCUUGUUAAAUAUUUAAUUCGAUUUGCUUUAUAAAUGCGGCAACGAUUUGAGUUCUUUUGAAGUGGUCCAUACCUUUCAUAACGCUCGAUCGAUGCGAGCUUCCAUUAAUUACCAUCGUUGUUAACAAUAAUUUAUGCAUCGAUGAAAUACAGCCCCAGCCAAAAAGAGCUAUUUUCCCCAGGAAAAUCGAACAGGUGUCGAUCCGCCGGCUAUUAACAUCCAACAGGGAAACAUAUAAUUUAGAGACUUUAUCCAACAUUUAUAGCGUAUGAUUUUCAUUUUAUUAAUCCGCCGUCGGGUUAAAUGACGAUACCAAAGAGCACGCGCGGCACAUAAUUAUUUACACACUCUCGUAACUCGAACGUGGGAAUAAAUUAUACGUCAUCCGAAAUCCCUUGCGUAAAUGACCCGCGUAAUGUGUGUACCUAAAUAUCUCGAGAUGGUACUUGGUCGAUUGUACACCUGACGGCGCGGAUUGAAACCCGCGUGAAGAGAAAACACGUGCGUAUAAGUGACCCUUGGAAAUUGCCGACACAUUUUGUCAAGAGGAUUUCUCCUCAAAACUGUUUUUCAACGUUUCUUCAUUCUUUUACCGAAGAAUCUCAUGAACGAGAUUCAACGAGCAAAUGUCAAAGUUGUUUCGGAAUCGAAUUUUCUUAUCGGCACACAUCUGUCACCCUUCCAAAAGCGUCAUCGGAUUUCCGGUCCACGUAUCCAGCGAGCUCAAAAGAAAUGAGAGAAACAACAUCGGGAAACAGCGUCUCGCUCGAAGCUAUCUGGACUUUAAUUUACGCUCUGGCACUCGAUCCGCGCUUGAAAGCUCGAGCUUAGAACACUGUAUCUUUUUUUUUGUUUUUUUUUGUGUUUUAUUUGUCAAAGAGGGCGGCGUGCGCAACUCGCCCGAGCGCGUGUAAGUAUUGCUUAUGCGUGUGCGUCCAUGCGUGUUAAUAUUUAAAUCAAAUGGAUAUGUGCGAAUAUUAAUGUAUGUCCACGACGAUCGAGGAUCGUGAAGUCUACGAUGAAGCGCAAUGAUUAAACUCAUUAGCUUAAUUCCGUAUCUCAUAC